AUGCUCUCCCCCAGGAUGCGUCCGUCUCUGUGCCCCUUCUGCGAGGCCGCCGCCUUGAUGGCACGCUCGGUCUUUCCUCCUAUGCGCUCCACGCGCCACAUGGCUACCACACAAAAACCUCGACCAAAUCGAAUGGACCUGUCCCCCAAGGUCGCCUUCCCCGAUGCCAAACCUCCGAGACGACGAACCAAUAGUCCUUUCGGUGCCAUGAACGUCACACAUGCAGACUUUCGCAAUGCGCCUCGUCAGCGUCCAUCGACCGCAGAACAGAAGAGAGCAACACGAAAUGCUCCCGACAAGUACAAGCCCAGGGACGAGAAGAACAAAGACUCGUUCAAAGCUUUGAAGAUGCAGCGCGCCCUCAGUCAAGUCUCAUACAGCCAUCGGUCUGCUGUCAAGCAGAGUAUAGCCGAUACUGAAUCUUUCAACGAGUUUGCUCUACUGCCCACCGUCCACCAGUCUAUCUCGACUCAGGCAUUGAAGGGUAUGGACGAUACCUCUCCUACCCCCAUUCAACGUCUCGCCAUCCCUGCGCUGCUCGGGACAAAUGGCAAAAGAACUAAAGACACACAGUCGAUGCAACAAUAUCUCCUGGCGGCAGAAACUGGAUCUGGCAAGACUCUGGCCUAUCUCCUACCAGUCAUCGAUGCGCUGAAGCGUGCUGAAAUCGCACAGGCCGAAGAGGAUGCUCAAGUGGAGAAGGAGGCAGCUUCGCGUAAGAACAUGUUCGAGCUUGAAUCACCGCCACUGUCCAACGAGCCCCAUCCCACCACGGGCCGUCCGCGCGCCAUCAUCCUGGUUCCCACCGCAGAGCUGGUGCAGCAAGUCGGCGCCCUGGCCAAGUCGUUAUCCCACACAACCAAGUUCCGUGCAGCUCUUAUCUCUGCCAACUUUACCGGUACCGUUAUUCGCAAUCGUCUCUUCUCACCUUCAGGCGUCGAUCUCCUCAUCUCUACCCCACAUCUGCUCGCGAGCAUCAGCGAAAACGAUCCGAAUGUGCUAUCGCGAGUCACUCAUCUGGUCAUCGAUGAGGCCGAUUCGCUUCUUGACCGCUCCUUCGCGCCCAUUACUGGCAGCAUCCUCGACCGUGCCACUCCAAGCUUGAAGCAGUUGGUCCUCUGCUCCGCCACCAUCCCCCGUAGUCUUGAUUCGUACCUCCGCAAGCGAUUCCCGGACAUUCGUCGCCUGGCUACUCCCAACCUGCAUGCCAUUCCUCGUCGUGUCCAGCUCAGCGUUGUAGACGUCGAGAAGGAUCCAUACAAGGGUAACAGAGAUCUCGCCUGCGCAGACACUGUCUGGAACCUCGGUCGUGAAGCAGGCGAGGAUAGUGUCAAGAGAGUCAUUGUCUUUGUCAACGAGCGUGAGAAGUGCUCUGAACUAUCGCUCUACCUCCAGAGCAAAGGCGUCGAUGCCAUGGCCCUCAGUCGUGACUCGGACGAACGUAAGCAGGCUCAGGUCCUUGCCGAGUUCACCGGUGCCGCUGUCGACACCAAGCCUGGCCAGCCCGGCCCAGUGGUGCCUCGUACACUGUCUGGUAAAAGGCAACUGACCAACACAAAAGUUCUCGUCAUGACUGAUCUCGGAUCUCGCGGUAUCGAUACCUUGAUGGUCCGCAACGUCAUUCUGUACGACGUACCCCAUACCAGCAUCGAUUUCAUUCACCGUCUCGGACGUGUUGGACGUAUGGGAAGAAGAGGUCGGGGUAUCGUUCUUGUCGGCAAGGGAGAUCGCAGAGAUAUUGUCAAGGAAGUACGCGAUGGCAUGUUUACUGGCUCUGCUCUGAUCUAG